GAUACCAUUCAUUAAUUUCCGUUCGUUGCCCUGUAAUAGUUCGCUGUCCGUUCACAGUUGCAAAUUAAUGUUAAUUGUUAACUAAAAGAUUUAUUAACUUUAAUUUUAACGGUAUUACUUUGAAAGUUUCAAUAAGAACCAAAAAUGACUUCCACAAAUUUCAAUGUUGGCAUCGGUGACAUCAGGAGAAAUACUAGCAAGGUUUUAAAACCACCGGGCGGUGGAAGUAGUGACAUAUUUGGAACAGCAUCAUGCGAUGAAGUUAAUCCACAUAAACGUGGUACAAAUCAGAAGAAUCUUCAAAGUUCCAUUAUUUUGGGUGGUCAAACACCAAAACAUAGUAAUGGUACAGUUGCCGCUAAUGGAAAUUCAGAUAAACCUGAUGGCAAUCCAGUGACUGGAGAAGGUUAUGAAGCUCCUAAGGCUACAGCUACACCAGCUCAGCAUGUUUCUGCUCAAUCAGAACCAGCUCCAGAACAAAAGAAGGCAAGUCGUGUGCCACCAGGUGGAUAUAGUUCCGGAUUAUGGUAACUGCUGAGCCAAGAAGACCAACUAAAAUUUUGUCACAAUUUUUACAUUGCUUUUGUAUUUCUAUGAUAUAUUGAUGACCAUUGAUCACAUUUCAUCAAUAAAAUAUUUAUGCCUUAUGGUAUAUAAGAAAAUGACUUUCAGUAUAUGAAAUACAUAAUAUUACAAUUGUCAUUCUUUUAAAACUACCCUGCAUUUUACUCAUUCUCAAAUUGUUUGAUUAUUGUUUUGUAAUGUUUGUGAAUUGAUUUAUUCCUAAAAAAAAUUCUUUUUUUAUACACAAUAAAAUACUAUAUUUAUUAAUGA